AUGGCUGCUGCUGGGACUUCUAGUCAGUCUGGCCAGGAGGGAAACGAUGUGGACUGGACUGUGUCUGUGGAAGGACAGAAAGCCCGACACUUCUCGAUCACUGGGAACAGCAACGAUGUGGUCUACGAUGCCGCGCUUGGCUGGGACAAGCAGAUGAAGAAUGGUGUAUCCCUCCUGUAUGCCGUUGAUGCCAAGAAGCGUUCGGGCAACAGCGACAGCCUCCUUCCCAACUGGAUCCAAUCCAGCGCUGGGCUGGCAUACAGCUCAAAGAUCGGAGAGCUGAAGAUGAACGUCUACCAGCCCGACCCUGAGAGCGAAAAGAGUGCUCUCGAGUGGGAGGCUGGCUUGAAGGGAAGACUUCAAGGACUUGAAAAGAAAGCCGGCAAGAUCCUCACCACGGAUCCGCAGUACAACCUGAAGAUUUCCGAGGAAGGUCUAGAUGCAAAAGUCCGCGCACCUGCCAAGUUGGGAACAGCCUUCGGUGCAGAUGCCACUGUACCCAUCGAGGGCUCACCCACAAUCUCAGGCUUCGCGGAGUGGAAGGGCAAGUCGGAAAUCAGGAAGGGGCUGGAGCUGGACGUAGACACAAAGGCCACAGUGAAGGAGCGCAAUGUCUCCAUGGCGCCUGUGGGCCUGGGCCUCUCUGCUGACCUCGGAACGCUGAUGCCGAGCGUGGCAGCUGCGGGAUCGAACUUCUACCUUCGAAGCCGCUACAAGCUUGGGUCGGACAGGCCCUCGCUGACGGGGACGCUGGCCUUCCGGUCCAAGCAGGUGCCCGAGGUCAAGGCCGCAGGCGUUGCGACUGUGCAGACCGAUGGAGACCUUUCGGGCGCCCUCAGAGUCUACGCGGAAAACUUGCAUGGCGUGGAUGCAAGAUACGAGAUGUCCUCCGAUGAUGGCGAGGGCAUCCGGCAGGCGGCUGAAGUGAGACUUCCACGCGUCGAAUUCGGAGAUGGAACCUUCCUGCGCGGAACUGGCAAGAUCUACAAAGGAAGGGAGUGGGGCGAGCGGCCACGCGUGCAGCUGGGUGUCCAGUAUGAAGGUGACCUCAACGUCCUUGGCAAGAGCCUCCAUCUGGGUGGCGAGAGCGCGGGCUUUGACUCCGGCAGGAAUCUUUUGGAUGAGAUGGGAAAGCCCUGGAAGAGCCCAGAGCUCAAGAAGGCCAAGAACAGUGCAAAAGUGCUUAGAAAGCGCAUUCAAAGCGAGUAUGGCGAAGGGCGUAGAUGGAUCUCCAAGUGA